GCCCGGGGCUGAGGUUUGGGUAUGCAAAGCCCCGGCGGCAACACCGCCUGAGGGCGCGGCCUAGGGCAGGGCUGCGGCCCGGGCGGCUGCCAGCGAGAUCGAGGAACCCCUGCAGCGUCCUAAAGGAAACCGCCAGAAUGCCUAAGUCAAAGGAACUUGUGUCUUCAAGCUCAUCUGCCAGUGAUUCAGAUAGUGAAGUUGACAAAAAGGCAAAGCGGAAAAAGCAAGCAACUCCAGAAAAGCCUGUAAAGAAACAAAAAACUGGUGAAAGUUCAAAAGGUUCCGCUUCUUCUAAGCAGAGCAGUAACAGAGAUGAAAAUAUGUUUCAGAUAGGCAAGAUGAGGUAUGUUAGUGUUCGUGACUUCAAAGGGAAAGUCUUAAUCGAUAUAAGAGAAUAUUGGAUGGAUCAAGAAGGUGAAAUGAAGCCUGGCAGAAAAGGUAUUUCUUUAAAUCCAGAACAGUGGAACCAGCUGAAGGAACAGAUUUCUGAUAUUGAUGAUGCAGUAAGAAAACUCUAAAGACAGAGCCAUACAAAACUGUUAUUCUUUAAGUUGUUAAAAGCGGUCUUUUUACAUUGGCUUUUGUUUUCUAAAAUGUUGUUUUCCAAGCUAUUGUAUAUUUGAAUUGCAAAACAAUUUGUAAGAUGAAUACUUUUUUUAUGUGCAUUAAAAGUGUAUUCUGAGUGAGGCUAUUUGUGUAUACUUUACUAAAAGGAAGUGUGUUACUUUCACCUCAUAGUGUAAAAUAAACAAAUCAAAUACUAUGUAAAGCAUACUUGUUUAUGGCCUUUUGAUUGAAGGUGUUUGCUGAUAAGGCCACCUUGUAGCUUUAGUUUUUGUUUUAAUUAACAGUUAAUAUGAAUUUGUCUUUGGAGCAGCAUUCUCGAUUUAUUUUAUUUCUUGUAUUUCUUGUAUUUCAUACAUUUGGUAUUGCCCUGACAGCUUUCUGGUUUUGGACUUGAUACAAAUGAUGAAUACUUGGUAAAACACAUUUUUGUAGAUAAUUUUAAAUACUGUAUUUGUUAAGUUACUCUAUUUAUUCAGAUGUAAACAGUCCUGAGUAUAUAGACACUUUUGCAUUAUUUGCAUGAAGUGUUGUGCUAAACAGUAACACUUGAACACAAGCCACAUACUGUUUCUUCCCAUUUUUCCGUAGCUUGCUUGACUUAGAAAAUAGCUAGCCUUUUUUCUUGAGCCUUAGAUUUUAGAAUGUGAUGCAUAAACUUUUACAGUAAUAGACAUAUACCUCAGAAUAAGAUAGUAUUUAAAAGCUCCAAAUGUUGUUGUUAGGUACCCUUUUCAAGCUUUGGAUUAAGCUAUUUCUUGAACACAUAUUAACUAGUUACUUUAUAGAACAAAACCCAACAACAACCAAAAAACUGUUAACUUGUCUAUGUAGGGCUUUUGUUUGAUUGAGAGUGUUGUGUAAAGGCUGCUUAAACUAGGCUGUAAGACAGGUUAAACCAUCAAACAGGAUGUAAAUUGCUUCAGCCAGAAUUUCUGUCUACCAUGUUGCCCCGUCCCCGUGGCCUGCCAAACCACUUAACUUGGCUUGCUGAGUGUGACUUACAUUUGCACAGCCCUUCCACCUUCUGUACAGAACAUACUUCAGAGCUUGCAGAGGAGCACAGGUACGCGGUGAAUUGCGACAAGCAAACUUCUCUUGCCAUCUGUUGUACUGUUCUGGUAAGAGAGGCUUCUCUUCUCUGAAAGCUCUAUUAAGCUGCAGUUUAAGGGCUUCUUGGUAGGUGUCACAGUCAAUGGAAUGAAGAAGGGGGAAUGUGCUGUUCGACUAGAACUUGGAGAGAUAAGGGGCAAACCAGCGUGGAAGUUAAUGGUGGGAGAUCAAAGUUAGCUGAUACAGCUGACAUCACUUAGAUGAUCAGGUAAUCAAAGGAAGAAGAUGAAACAGCUUCAUGAAAAUUGGCAUUUCAAGACUGUGUAGUGAACAUGCAACUUAAUUGGUUUGGAUAUAAUUUUUCCAUUUGAAGUUAAUGAAUUUUUAAAAAUUUGUGUAGAUGAGCAGGAUUUAUGAUUUAUUUAAUUUUUGGAAUAUCUUGUUGUUGACAUGCAUGGAAGUGCCAUAUAUGGACUGUUCUUGUUCUGUAGAGUUCAUAAUUCCAUACAAAUACGUGUUGAAGGGUGAAGAAUGGUGACUUAAUACAAUUAAAUAUAUAUUAUUUAAACGUUAUGUCAGAUACCUCUACGUGCUUUUCAUCUUGCCCAUUGUUGAUGUUACAGUAAUGUUAAGAUCUGUUCUUACAUGGCUCAGAAUACUUGAGAUUUAAGAACUUCUUGAAGGUGAAUGAAAGGGUGAAGAGAUGUUUUGUGAAUGCAGAUGCUUUUUUGGGCACAACAUUCUUUUUUUGGGGCACAGAGGAAUAUUUGGACCAAAUAUGAAUAAAUAUGAAAUGUCUGCUAAAAUUUCACAGAUGAGUGAAUGAAGUAAAUUGCUCCAGAUCACUAUCAACAUGUUAUAGGUUUUUUAUUUGCAAUAUCUAUAUAUAUUUUUUUCCUUUAUAUCUGAAAUUUUGCAACCAGAUUUUAUCUGUCUUAUCUCAAAACUUUCAUGUGGCUACUUUAAAGUGAUUACAUUAGAGGGAACAUAGUACUCACUUGGAUUAUUCUGAUAAGUAGGUCACUGAAUGGCACUUGUCUAUCAGACUACAAUAAAUUUGUGUUUGUAAAGGCUGAGAAUUAAUUUGGGGUGAGUUUUAAUAAGUUCUUCUGUGGAAACUGAUGGUAGAGGUGUUCAUAGGAAGAAACAUUUGUUAAUCAAGAAAUAUUGGUUCCUAUCAUAGGUAACCUCCUUGAUGAAUUUGUGGUGAUACUUGAGCUGUUCAUCCAGUUUUUCUUGGUAAAACUUGGGCCAGUUGGGUUUUCAUCGAAUAGUUUUCUAUCUGCCAUUUGGAUGUCUGCCUAUACUACUAGCAUACCUUAUAUUCAACAGAGCUGAUCUUAGUACCUGCAUUAAUAUCUUGCAAAAACAGGUAACUAAAUUAACCAGUCAGUUUUAUAAAUUAACACAAAAUAUGAUGAGGGAAUUCUGCACAUCAGAUCACUGUGCCUGAAAAAAUUUUGGCAUGUUCAAUUUUACUUUGAAAUAAAUAGUUGGUAAUGAUAUAUCAGGUAAUUGGCUAUGGAUACAGUCUUUCUAAUUUAAGAAAAUUCAGAUUUUUUUUGAAUAAGGGUUAUUUUUUUGCAGACAAAAUGGCCUGGUACAUGUAGAAGUGUUAAUGGAAAAAAAAUUGCAUGUAUGAAAAGUCUGUGUACUAUGAUGUAAAAAUGUUGCUCCCUUUGUGGCAAAAGAAAGAGGUGCGUUUGAUUCUUGAUGUUUAUGUGGGGCAUAUUAGCAAUAUGUUUUAUAAAGUAAACCUACUAUGACACUUAGGAGGAUAAAUAUAUCACAGUUAGAGCUGCCAAAGUACCCUUAUGUCUGAUAAAUAAAACUGUCAUGUAUGAUGUUGCUCUUAUGUAGAAAUGUUCAUAUUGAAAUCAAACAAAUGCAGUACUAAGUUUGAUACUUCUAUUGAAGGAAAUGCCCCACUUAUGUACAUCUUAUGUGAUCUGUUAGCAAAAAAAUUGAUUGUAGUUCUGGUAAUGCAGAUGAUGUAUUGUUAACCAUGUGGAAUGUUUCAUGUUUUGCUCUGGUGGCAUCUGCUGAGAAGCCACUGGAAAUAAGAGCCCUCCAACUGUAAUUACCUUAAUGUUCAAAUAAAAAAAUAAAUAAAUGGCAUAUGUGUAAUAACAAUUUGAACACCUGAGAAAUAAAUGAAGACUUCUGUUUAUAUAGCGUUAUUUUUAAUAGAAAUGUAGCUGCACUAGAAUGUAUUUUUUCUUAAAUUAUGGAAAUUGCUGUUUGUUUCUUGCAACUGUUAUAAUUUUGAAAUUUCAGAACUUAGUCAUCUUACGCUUGGUUAGUGUUUUUGGGUGGGGAACUUUUUCUGUGUAUCAGGAGGGAUAGAAGGUCUUCAUUACAAUAAAAGAACAAGUACCAUUUAAUAUGGAAGCAUUAGAUAAAAACAAACUUUAAAACAUCAUACAGAAGGGAAGUGACUGAGUCACUAUUAAGAAAAUGUCCAGUUGUCAUUUUGGUGGAGUUUUAUUGAUCUGGCAAUAAAUGUAAGCAUAGCUUAUGUAGAGAAAAGCCUCUGACUGAUGUAUUUAUUAUCAUUGGUCAGUUAGGUCAGUGUAGAGUUUGUUAGGAUAAAUCACAUGCUUGCUGUGGAUUAACUGAUUGCAGCCAGCAUCCUAACAUUUUCCUUCAUGUAAUUCAAUUAGUAUAUCUGCAGAAACAGGAGUCACUGGUUCAAAGGGAAGAAAUAGAGUGGGUUGAUGGAGGAUCAUCAUGCCCUACCUGCUAUGUCAUAUGUAUACUGAUUUGCUUAAUCUUUGCUUGUAGAUCUGGUGGAGCAGUUUCAUAGGCAAUGACUUUCAUGUUGUGAAUCAAGCUUGUGUGUUCCCCUGCUCCAAGACACCUGCUGGAGAACUGAAAUUGUCUUUGGCUUAGUAAUGGUUUAUCAGGGAAGCUUAAAACAUGCAGCCUUUUGAGUAGAGGAACAUGCCACUAGUCAUGGGGAUAACUUAACUGAGAAUCUGGUGACAACUGUACCCUUAGUACUGAGCUUCAUUUAGCAAAAGUGGUUUUGAUUUUUUACAGCUCUGCUUAAUUUAGGUUUUGUUGUACUUCUAACUUCCAGUGAAUCCACAUAAUUGCCAUUGAUGGGAUGCUAGAUUGUGGUAGGACCUGAGGCUGGGUUGAGGGGUCAGGUUUUUGCAAACACUGUUAUCCCUUGGAAGGAGGGGGACUCAACCUAAAGAGAGAAUGGAGCUUGCUGUGAAACUGCAGAAGUCAGUGAAAUGAACAGACUUCUUGUAAAAUCUCUAGGUGGCUAAAUUAGAAUAUUUUAUGCCUUCUAGGACAGCAUACCUAGUAGACUGCUGUGAACUAUCAGUUCUGUUGAGCAGACGUUAAUUAGAUAAAAACUGCUGAAUAAAUGGUAAGAUUUUGUAUAACUCUUUCUUGGGUUGUUAACCUAAAGAAUUGUUUCAUGCAUUAAGAGUUUCAAUGUGUCAUGGUUUCACUGAUGUGCUAUUGUGUCUGAAUAAUUUUCAGGCUGUUGAAAAUAAAGCCUAUUUAAUCUUU